CGACAAUUUAAACUGUAUCAUCGCUGACAGUGAAUAAAAUAACCUCAAAUUUCAAACGAAUGAAACUUCCGUCUCUCUUCUUUUGUUGAACGUAAACAAUUUGAUUUCUUUGUAGCUUAAUAGUUUGACGAGCAAAUUAUGACGGCUUUUUUGACUACUAAAUGUUCGCGAUCAAUACAUUUUAUACGGAAUGUAUUUCAAAAUCAAAAGAGAUGCUUGAAUUUGCAAGAGUAUCAAAGCAAAGCUUUACUUCAGGAAAGCGGUGUUACCAUUCAGGAAUUCUGUGUUCUCGAUGGAACGCAAGGAAAAAACACAGAAAACCUGGACAAUUUUAAGGUACCAGAAUACGUAGUAAAGGCACAAAUAUUGGCUGGUGGACGUGGUAAGGGCACAUGGAAACAUAACACAGGUUUUAGGGGUGGCGUUCACAUAACUACAAAAUCCAACGAAGUCUUACGAUUUGUCGAGAAAAUGGUUGGAAAUAAACUCAUUACAAAACAGACGCCACCCGAAGGAAUUGUUGUGAAGAAGGUGAUGGUUGCUAAAAGCAUCAAUAUAAUUCGAGAGACAUACAUAUGCAUUGUGAUGGAUCGUGAUAGUCAUGGCCCAAUAGUAAUUGCAUCACCAGCCGGAGGUAUGGACAUUGAAACUGUCGCGGAAGAGACUCCAGAAAAAAUUCUCAAGGUGGCGAUCGAUAUAACAGUUGGCCUUAGCAAUGAAAAAUGUCAACAGAUUGCACGUUUCUUAGAAUUCAAGGGUGAUCUUGUCGAAAAAGCAUCUGAAGAGAUUCAAAAAUUAUGGAAAUUAUUCUUAAAAUUAGACACUGUACAAAUUGAAAUUAAUCCAUUUGUUGAAACUGAUAAUGGUCAUGUGAUCAGUGUGGAUGCAAAGUUGGACUUUGAUGAUAAUGCACGGUUUCGACAUGGAAGAAUUUUCGAUAUGGAAGAUGUAAGCGAAAUCGAUCCCAAAGAAGUAGAAGCAUCAAAAUACAAUUUAAAUUAUGUAGCAAUGGAUGGAAAUAUUGGAUGUCUGGUUAAUGGUGCUGGAUUGGCAAUGGCCACAAUGGACAUUAUAAAAUUGAAUGGUAGCACACCGGCAAAUUUCUUGGAUGUCGGCGGUAAUGUGAAAGAAGAUCAAGUUUUAAAAGCAUUCGAAAUUCUAUUGGCUGACCAAAAUGUAAAGGCAAUUUUAGUCAAUGUGUUUGGUGGUAUUGUGAACUGUACCACAAUUGCCAGCGGCAUAGUAAGAGCAUUUAAAGAAAUCAAUCCACAGGUACCGAUGAUUGUACGAUUGGCAGGAACAAAUGCCAAAGAAGCAAAGCUAAUUCUGGAAAAUUCCGGUUUGCCCAUCAUCUCGGCUACAAAUUUAGAUGAGGCCGCAUCAUUGGCAGUUAAAUCUAUCAAAAAGUACUAAUUCUAGUUGUUUCUUUUAGUUUUUGAAAUGCAGUUGAAUUGUAUUUUUGAAGAAAAAUAAAACAGAGACAAAAAUGGUAAA